CACCCACGUGACCACACGCACCUGCUCAAUUUGUGUUCCGUAUUUGAUGCUUUCUCUGGAGGACACGUUAACGUCCAAUUAUCGCUUAUUUUGCUUGAAUAAAAACUUUGAGUUUUAAUUUCGUGUGUAAAGCUCGAUUAGCUAGCCUCUAAGAAAUGCUAGCUUCAAUGAGGUGGCUGCUGUCCAAACUGGUUUCUCCACUGUGGAGGACAGUUGAUGAUGUGGAUGUGGACAUCCUCCCUGAUAGCUCAUGCUAUGAGGACGUCCGUCACCUGCGGGGCAGCGUGGUCACGGAGCUCUGUCUGGACUAUGGCCUGAUAGAUGACUCCAUCUUCUUCACUAGCACUGAGGUUCUGGGCGGAAUUGCUCUGAAACAAGGAGACCUGGUGAACUGCAUAGCCGUGAGAGGUGGCACUAAAGGAGGAUGGAAAGCUUUAAGGGUGGAGAAGAGUGCAGAUGCUUGGGAUGAUGGAGGAAGAACCUCUAUAGAAGCUGACAGUUUGCAGCUGCGACCUCUCAUCGGGGCUAUCACAUCAGUAGAGGGCGAUGGUGGCUACAUCAGUCAGACCACAUACUUCUCACGCCAAACCCUUCUGGAAGGGUAUGAGCCAAUGAAAGGGGACUGGGUCCAAGUCCAGUAUUUCAUUAACCCCGGCCAGUGGACCACCCAGGCUCAUUCUGUGGCCCCACUACGCUAUAGCCGCUUGGACCAAGUCAGUGUGACCAGUGUUUAUGGCGGCAGCGGUGUGGUGGAGGACAGCGUUUUCUUCAGCUUGAGUUCUCUGCUGCUGCCUACCAACUACCAGCCAUCAGUAGGAGACCUGGUCAACCUGGUAAUGGUGGAGAGCAGUCAGUCUUUGUACAGCUGGAGGGCUCUGUGCAUGGCUCCCUGCUCUCAGAGUUGCAGCAGGAACGUUUCUGCUGUACCUGUCACAGACGCUGAACUUCCGCGAGUCUUGGAGAACAAAGGAGGGCUUGAUGUUUCAGACUACGGCCAGUUUGGAGACGUGAUGCUUGGGGAGCAAAAUCAGCUGGUGUUCUGGAUACAAAAUAAAGGCUCUGAGAUGCACACGCUGAAGUCUUGUGAAUUUGCUGGCUGGGACUCUGAGGAGCAGUUCAACCUGAUUACUGUCAAUAAUAGCUCACCAUCACUCAGCCAGAGACAACACUCACAGGAAAACGGGUCAGAACCCUUAGAAACACAAGGCAGAGCUACACUAGAGGCAGACAAGGAGAACGAUGCAGUGCAGACAAACAGCAUCCUUACGAGAAGAGCGGAAAAGGAGGUGAACUUAGCACCUGGAGAGAGACACUCAAUUGUGAUAGUCGUCCAAGCGAAGAUCCUGGGAAGCUGCAGGGAGCUGCUGCUGCUGCAUUUCUCCUCUUUCACCAUCGGGAGGCUCCUGGAGGUCACCGUUGGCUGUGAGGAUGAAAACCUGCUGCAGCCCUCUGUGCCCUUUAGUCCCCUCCAUAACCCGCAGUCCACAAACUCUUCCCUUCACGUGGUCACCGUAUCUGCUCCAAAAGAUGCACCAAGGCUUACCAGACGAAAGCUGCCCAACUUCCUGCCCACGUAUGCGGUGCCCAAGCGUCUGAGAGACUGCGUGGAGAUGCAGGGCGAUGUUCUGGCAGCUCAGCCCUGCCUUGGAGAGGUGUUGUCACCCUUCAACAUGCAGUCCCGUUUCUCAGCCCUUCUGUGGCUGGAAGAGCUGCAUGCAGAGAGAGAGUUGAGGGAAUUCAUGAUCUGUGGAGCGCUGCUCAGGAAAGGAGCCGCAUAUCUGCACCUCAAGGUGCUCGGCUUGGCUGAAGGCAGACCCAACCUCAACAUAGGAGACAGAGUUCUGCUGAAGAAGCCUGAGUGUAAUGGCGUGAUGUUGGAGUACAUCAGCUAUGUUACGGAGAUUAACGACGAGGACGUGAGUUUGAGAGUAAAUUCAGACUUUCAGCGCAAUUACGUUGGUGAGCCACUUGAUGUUGAGUUCACCUACAACAGGCUGACCAUGAGGCGAUGCCACUUUGCACUGGAGCAGACGAGGCAUUUUUGGGAGAUUCUGUUCCCCUCCAGAGUGACACUUCAAACCCCUCAGUGGUCUGGAAAAUGGCUUGAAGAGAGUCAGGAGACUGAAAACGGACCAGUUUCAGACUCUUCAGCUAACAUGGAGUCAAGGGCCACACAGACAAAAGAUGGAGAACUGACAACCAAACCCAUCCCGAGCCAAGGGCAGUUCUUUAACCCGGACCUGAACUGCUCUCAGAAAGAGGCAGUAAAGAGGAUCCUGGCGGGAGAAUGCCGGCCCAUGCCCUACGUGUUGUUUGGACCUCCAGGAACCGGAAAGACCGUCACCCUUCUAGAGACUAUACUGCAGGUGUACCACUUUCUGCCCAGCAGUCGGGUUCUUGUGUGUACUCCAUCCAACAGUGCCGCUGAUCUCAUCUGCAUACGCCUGCAUUAUAGCGGUUUCCUGCACACUGCAAGUUUGGCCCGCAUCAAUGCAUCCGGCAGGGACCAGGAGUCUAUUCCAGAAGUGCUGCAGCCUUACUCGAGGGCAGGUGAAGACAUCCGUCAGGCUGCUUUUCACAGGAUCGUGGUCAGCACCUGUUCCAGCGCCGGAAUGUUCCAUAAUGUUGGAAUACAAGUGGGACAUUUUUCUCAUGUGUUUCUGGAUGAAGCUGGCCAAGCCACAGAACCAGAAUCUCUGAUCCCAAUCAGCCUCGUGUCAGAAAGAGAUGGACAGAUUGUGCUGGCUGGAGACCCCUGCCAGCUGGGUCCGGUGGUGAAGUCUCAUCUCGCCUCCAGCUUUGGUUUGGGGGUGUCUUUAUUGGAGCGACUGAUGUCCAACCCGCUGUACUCUAAACACGACUGGGGCUACAACCCUAAACUGGUGACAAAGCUCAUCUAUAACUAUCGCUCUCACGAGGCCCUGCUCACACUGCCCUCCAAACUCUUCUACCUUGGGGAGUUGUGUUUCAAAGCUUCCCGGGAUGUUGUGGAGUCCCUCUGCCAGUGGAAAACCCUUCCCAAAAAGGGCUUCCCGCUCCUCUUUCACGGCAUCAGGGGCACAGAAUUUAGAGAAGGCAACAACCCGUCGAGGUUCAAUCCUUCUGAGGCUGUUCAGGCCAUGCUCUACUGCUGCCAGCUGGCAAAGAAGAUCUACAAACCCGUCAGCUCCUCUGACAUCGGCAUUAUUGCUCCGUACAGGAAACAGUCUGAGAAGAUACGGAUGCUGCUGGCUAAAGUGGGUUUGUCUGACAUCAAAGUGGGCUCAGUGGAGGAGUUCCAGGGACAAGAGUUUCUGGUCAUCAUCUUAUCAACGGUGCGCUCUGACGAGUCAGUGGAAAGUGAUGAUUUGCAGAGUUCACUUGGCUUUUUGGCCAACCCCAAACGCUUCAAUGUGGCCAUCACCCGCCCUAAAGCUCUGCUGCUCAUCGUCGGAAACCCCCACGUUCUCAUUAGAGAUCCUUGCUUCAGGGCUCUGCUGCAGUACAGUUUCAUCAACGGGGCCUAUCUGGGCUGUGACCCCCCUCCCUCCCUGAGGAAUACUCAGAUAGCUGCAGAGGAGCAGAAGCCAGCUUAGAAGAAAGAUGGCAUCUCCAGGCCCAUUUCUAUGUUUAGCCACCCUAGCAUUCCCUAACACGCUUCUGGUGUGACUUCCUAAUUAGCUGUAGUUGUUAAAUACUUUAGAAACUGAUCUUGUUUCUAUUGGAGACGAGGUCUCAUUCGCUGGGGAUUAAAAUAAAGAUCUUGCUUGUGUA